AUGGAACAACCUAGCAGUCAACUCACCCCAGAAAUGGUCACCCUUCUGUGUCUCUUAACAUCUCCCGAGCCGCAAUGCGGGGUAUUAGGCGUGUCGACAGGCACCAACGACCAUCAGCGCAUCCCCGAUAUUGAUUGCGGCGUCGAUGAGGUGGCGCUCUGGGAAGAGUUCGAGGUUAGGAAAACCUCUGCAGAGUGGCAUCUGGGCCAAUAUCUCAAAUUUUGGGAUCGCUGCGAGAAAGCAGAUAGCGAUCCUGCGGCGUUGAGCCAUAACAAAAGCAAGUUAAGACUCAAGAUCCCCGUACUCAAAAACAAGUGUGGAUUAACUGUGUGGUGA